CUUGCGAGAUCCUGGAGAAAAGGGAUUUGACACAUGUCAACAAAAAAUAUAAAUUAAUACUAGCUAGCACAGGCAUGCCAAGGUGUGCCAGUGUAGAAUAGACUGACCCAUCACUGCACCUACAGGUCCUGUGCUGUCCACAUGACCACCCAUCCCAUGGUGGUGUUCGCUGGGCAGCAGGCUCAGGCUGUCCGUGAUGUCAACACGGCGUCGCUCUGUCGCAUCGGCCAGGAGACGGUGCAGGAUAUCGUCUUACGCACCAUGGAGAUCUUCCAGCUGUUGAGGAACAUGCAGCUGCCAAAUGGAGUGACGUACCACCCCAGCACCCACCAGGACAGGCUGGGCAAACUGCAGGAGCACCUGCGUAUGCUCUCUGUACUCUUCCGCAAGCUGCGCCUCGUCUAUGACAAAUGCAAUGAAAACUGCACCGGUCUGGACCCCGUAACCCCAGAGCAACUCAUCCCGUAUGUGGAGGACGACGGCAGCUCCAGACACAGUGAACGCUCGGCCAGCCAGGCCCGCCCGGCAACAGAGGAGAGGAGGGAGAUCCUGGAGGUUAACAAGGUCUGAUGCAAUUAGGUGACCCUCUCAACCAGACCCACCAAGAACAACUUUCAACAGUUGCCAUGGCAACCACCACUUCGUGCCUCCACUUAGUAGGGUGACUUAAUUACAUGUGUUCU